AUUCAUAACCUCUUUUGAUCUCUAGCUCAGCUCUCAGCUCUAGCUUUCUAGCUCUUUCUCUUCAAAGUUAUGUAUUCAUUGCCACAUCCAAAAGUAAUUCAAUUUAGAAAGUUUUGAGAAGAAUUAAGAACUGAACACCUUAUCCAAUUCUCUAAAUUCUCUGUUACCUCAAAUUCGGAGCUAAAAACAUGAUUCCAUCUUAUCCCUUUUUAUUGAGUGGUCCUGUUAUCAAAGGGUUUGGAAGAGGGUCAAAACAACUGGGAAUUCCCACAGCAAACUAUCCUGACGAGAUAGUAGAGAAACUACCUUCUGAAUUGAAUUCGGGCAUCUACUUUGGAUGGGCGCAGGUAGAUUGCAGUCCAGUUUACUGCAUGGUCACAAGCAUAGGCUGGAAUCCAUACUACAAAAAUACCAAGAAAUCUGUGGAGACUCACAUUCUACAUGAGUUUGACUCGGAUUUCUACGGUUCGAAUCUGAAGAUAUGCAUAGUAGACUACAUCAGGCCUGAAAUGGACUUCAACUCAGUUGAUGAACUAAUUGAUAUGAUAAAGAACGACAUAUCAACUGCUAAGGAAAGGCUGACUCAACCCCAGUAUGAAAAAUACAGGACACAUCCGUUCUUCAGCCAUGAAAAGAAUGGCUGUGAAAGCAACGGUGAACAUUCGUGAGAUUCCUCCUGGUGAUGUAAUCAACAAGCCAACAUUUCUAGAUUUUGUACAUUUUAUAAAAUUGUGGGGUGGUAGCACUGUGAUAUAUAAAUAACUUUAUAGGUUUCACUAGAAAAAUUUGACAAUUUGAGUUAAAACUCAAACUUUGAAAACUUUGAGUUAGCACGAGAAACUUUUGACAAUAAAUGCAUCAGUGUAUUAACCAAUAAUAAAAAUUCUUAGAGUUCAUUUUAAUUAAAUCAACUAUUAUUUGGUUGAUGAGAUAGAAGAACGUUGUUCAAGGAAACAAAUGUUAGAAUUUAACAAUGAAUUUUAGUGCUUAGUGCCGGUUGUACAAAAGCCAAAGUUGAUGAACGAAUCAGAGAAGCCGUCUUAUCAAAGAGGCCUUCUCUGAUUGGUUCUCCUGAAAUUAAUGACGGUUAAAAUUCAACCGGCUUCUGUGCAACCAGUCCUAAAUUUAUAUUAAAUCAAUAUGCUUGGUUAAAAAUAUGAAAGAAAGUUGUUCAAGGAAACGAACUCUAGAAUUUAAUACUGAGUUAUAGUGCAGUUAGCUUUUACAAAAAGCCUGCUUAGAAGUAAUUUGUUUGAAAAUUUUGAAUUUGAAAUUCAUACAUUACAGACGUUGAUUUCGAUAAGAUUAGUUUAAGUAUAGCCUAAUAAAAAUGAAUAUCUCAAACUAAAACUAUUGUAACUUAUAAAUAGUAGAGUAUAAAUACUAUGCAAUCUAGAAAACUUUUAGGAGAAGCCCAUUAUUUUAAGAAUAGCCGGCUUAAAAUAGUUUAUUUGAAAUUUUAAUUUGAGAAUUCAUACAUUACAGAAGUUAAU